UGUAUCCAUUUCCCUCUGGCCACCUAUGCCCCUGUCAUCUCUGCUGAGAAGGCUUACCAUGAGCAACUCUCAGUGGCUGAAAUCACCAAUGCUUGCUUUGAGCCAGCUAAUCAGAUGAUGAAAUGUGACCCUCGCCAUGGCAAGUACAUGGCCUGUUGCCUCUUGUACCGUGGUGAUGUGGUACCCAAAGAUGACCUGAUGUAUGCCAAGCGUGCCUUUGUCCACUGGUACGUAGGUGAAGGUAUGGAGGUGGGAGAGUUUUCUGAGGCCAGAGAGGACAUGGCUGCUCUGGAGAAGGAUUACGAGGAGGUUGGGGUCGACUCCAUGGAUGGUGAAGGAGAGGAGGAAGGGGAGGAGUAUUGAAGU